AUGCUAGUAGAUAUCAGUAUCCCUUCAUUACAGAUGAAAAAACAGAGGCAAAGCUUAAGAUCACUUAUAUAUGCUCUUACACAUUUCUGCAUUCAGUAUCAGUAUAUACUUCUGUCAGGACUAAGGUCUGUUUCUUUCAUUUUUGUUUUAGGGGGAUCUCCUGAGAAUGGAAGAACACAUCAUGCCUUAGACUCUGAUGGAACAUUUAUUUCUUACAGUAAAGAAUGGGAAGAACUAUUUGUAAACAACAAUUACUUGGCAACAAUACGGCUGAAGGGGAUUAAUGGGCAGCUGAGAAGCAGCAGGUUCCGUAGUGUUUGCUGGAAGCUGUUUCUAAAUGUUCUACCACAAGACAGAAGUCAAUGGAUAAAUAAAACUUCAAAAUUAAGAACAUGGUAUAACAAGAUUAAAGAAAUACAUAUUACAAACCCUCGGAAAGCUGGACAGCAGGAUCUGGUCAUCAACAAUCCACUUUCACAGGAUGAGGGGAGUCUUUGGAACAAAUUUUUCCAAGAUAAAGAGCUUCGAGCAAUGAUUGAACAAGAUGUGAUGAGAACAUUUCCUGAAAUGCAGUAUUUCCAGCAGGAGAGUGUGAGGAAAAUUCUUACAGAUGUUCUGUUCUGUUAUGCUAGAGAAAACGAGCAGUUGCUUUAUAAACAGGGUAUGCACGAACUUUUAGCACCUAUUGUCUUUAUCCUGCAUUGUGACCACCAGGCUUUUUUACACGCGAGCGAAGCUGCUCAGCCAAGUGAGGAAAUGAAAGCUCUUUUGAACCCUGAAUAUCUGGAACAUGAUGCCUAUGCAAUGUUCACGCAUCUAAUGGAAACUGCAGAAUAUUGGUUUUCAACUUCUGAACAUGACAGUCAGAAGGAGAAAGAAGCAAUGAUGACACCUAUCCCAUUUGCAAGGCCACAGGAUUUAGGUCCAUCUAUUGCUAUUGUAACUAAAGUAAACCAGAUUCAGGAUCACCUGCUGAAGAAGCAUGAUAUUGAGCUGUACCUACAUCUGAACAGGCUAGAAAUUGCUCCGCAGAUUUAUGGACUACGAUGGGUAAGGCUCCUAUUUGGACGAGAAUUCCCACUUCAGGACCUUCUUGUUGUCUGGGAUGCUUUAUUUGCUGACAGCAUCACCCUGGAUUUAGUCGACUACAUUUUUGUAGCCAUGUUGUUGUAUAUUAGAGAUGCAUUGAUCUCAAGUAAUUAUCAGACAUGUUUGGGACUUCUGAUGCAUUACCCACCUAUAGGAGAUGUACACUCACUCAUCCUAAGAGCACUGUUUCUCCGAGAUCCAAAGAAAAAUCCAAGACCAGUGACUUACCAGUUCCAGCAAAAUUUAGAUUAUUACAAAGCGCGUGGAGCAGACCUGAUGAAUAAAACCCGUGCCAGUGCAAAGGUUGCUCCACUGAACAUUAAUAAAGUCUCCAAUAGCUUGCUUAAUUUUGGUCGGAAGCUGAUUGCCCCAGCUAUGGCUUCAGGAAGUCCUGCUGGCCCAGCUAUUAUUGCUAGCGGCGGCAGCAGUUUUCCGUCUGCUGUAGUGCCCAUCAGGAGCACAGUGGAGCCCCUCCAGCACCAACACCUGCAGGCACAACAGCAACAGCAGAGAAUGAUGAAGUCGGAAAGCAUGCCAGUUCAGCUGAGCAAAGGAGAUGUAGUUACAGUCAAUGAAGCACAGAUGUCUGUUCCUGCUCAGAAUCUAACAGCCCUCCAAGGCCAAAGUUCAAAAAAUGUCAGUUCAUCGCCAAGCAUAGAGAGCUUGUCGGCUGGACGUGAAUACACAGGGUCUCCUCCUUUGUCUGCAUCCAAGAAAGAUUCCUUUUUCAGUACCAUCUCCCGCUCUCGCUCCCACAGCAAAACCAUGGGCAGAAAAGAGUCGGAGGAAGAAUUGGAGACUCAGAUUUCAUUUCUCCAAGGACAACUAAAUGACCUAGAGGCCAUGUGCAAAUACUGUGCAAAAAUGAUGAACACACAUCUUGGAAAUAUUCAGGAAGUCAUAUUACAGGAACACCUGGAGAAAGAAGAUGAAAUUCUGGUGUCGCUGGCUGGCUUGAAGCAGAUCAAGGAUAUUCUAAAGGGCUCCUUACGUUUCAACCAGAGCCAGCUGGAGGCUGAAGAGAAUGAGCAAAUCACAAUAGAAGAUGAUCAUUACUGUUCCAGCACUCAGAACAAAGAAAUGGGUGAUAUCCUAAAAGGAUCUGUUAUGGCAAAGCAACACUGCCUCUCAAUACUUCAGGCAACAGCUGAAACAAGUGGAAAUUCAGAGAGCAGAAGCACUGAUGACUAUAUCCUGGUUUCCAAAGAAGAGGAGGGAAAUAAAGGUGCUGUCUUUGAGCAUGAGCAGUUACUUCAUGCACACAAGGAGGCAGCAGCAAGGAAUGAAGUUCCACCUCGUUCUUCCUUGGUCUUUUCUGAUCCACUCAUGGGCUCCAUUUCAGCCUCCUCUAGUAACCUGAGUUCGAGCCCUGAUGAUGAUAGUAGCAAUAAUAGCAAAGAUUCUGACUUCACUAUUGUCAGCCCCUUGGACAUCUAAAUGAACAUCUUGGAGAGCUUGUGAGGUCAGUUACUAAAUCUCAGCUGAAAUAACUUUGAUUCUACAGGGCUGGAUAACUGACUCAGAAAGUGUAUAAAGGUAACCCAUUUCAACUGCUAAAGUCUAGCUAAUAGAUCAGAGCACAAAUUUGAUACAGGCAAUACAUUGCAACCCUCCAAAGAAUAUAAAAAUUGUCUAAUGAUUUCCUUAAUGGCUGCAGUAGUAUCUAGCUCUAAUAUGCAACUACUGCUAGUUGUAGGGUUAUUUUAGCAGCUUCUAGAACUAUAGUACUAAUUACUUAGUUUCUCACCAGAUAGAAUAAAAUGAAGCAUAUAUUGUAAUGGGUAUACAGAGGACAGAGAGACAAAACAAUUGAUACAUUUACUUUUUCCAAUAUGCCAGGUUAGGAUGCUGGAUGGGAAGGACAUUAUUUUGCUAGAGAUUAGGAAUAGAAAAUGAGGGGAUGCUAAUCAAAGAGAUGCAAAGCAUCCUUCAUAUCACACACUGGUUCAGCAAUUGGCAUCAAGAUUACUGUAAUCAGAUAGCAGAAACCUCUGACCAAUACUCAGAGAGAGAAAACUAUAGAAGACCAGCACUUCAGGUAUAGGAGAACACCAAAUUAAAUCUAAAAUAACCUCUUUAAAGCAUCUAGAAGCUUGAAUUUCUACUAGUUAAAAGACUUCUAUUAAUUCUGAGUGAGGUACUAGGGGGGUUGUGUGUUGGAAUAGUGUUCCUUUGGAAUCUGUUUCUGUAGAUGUUAAGCAUUGUACAGCCUCUACUGUGUACAAGAAUCAAGUCCAUUCAUGAAGAUGGUGCUGUAGUUUUCCUUCAUGGGAAUUCUGUUACAGUUUAAGAAGUAAUUCGCUUAGAAAUGUGACUUGGAGUUAUCCAAAUUUAUUUGAUUAGAAGCAUUGUCUGUUGUCCCACAGAAGUUCUGAAUUCCAGGAGACUAUGAGAUUCCUUUUCCUCUAGCCAGAAGAAUCUGUAUGGUGACUUUUGCUGAAGUAUAACAUUAGUUCUCAGUCAAAGCAUCUGUUUUGAGAGAGAGAGAAAUACCCUGUAGGCAUGGCUGUGAAUAAGGAAAGGGAGGUAUGAAAAAGAAAUGAUGUGGAGACUGACUCCAAAUUAUGGGGUUGUUGAAAAUCCUCUACACCUUGCUAGAGUAAUUUGUUACUGAGCAAAGGAGAGAAGGAAAAGGAACACUUGGAUUCCCAGGGAUGUGCAACAAAAGAAAGCAAAUAAAUGAAAGAACUUCUACUACUGUGUUUAAAAGAGAUUCACAAUUUAAUGCCGAGGUGAAAAUUUAUAUGCUGCUAUGUAGAGAUAAAACUUCUCUGUGCAGAUAGUUUGACUGGGGUUUGAUCUUCCCUUCUAAUCCUAAAUGAAGUUGCCCUUGCUCUGAAUUAGAAUUACUGUCAGUUUUGUUCUCAGUAGUCCUGAGUUCUUAAUCUUCAUCCUACAAUAGCUGUGCAGGAGAAAGACCCUGGUUUGUGUCCCAUUUUUAAGAUUUCCUUAGCACCAUAUUAUGGUAGAACCAGCUGACAAAUUUUGUAAAGGGUAAGGACUGAACAACACAUGACUGCUACUUUUUGCCUAAUAUCUUUUUCUUCUUAGAGGUAGCAGUAUACCUCUUAUCCCUAAUUAUACUGGCUAAUUUCACCUUCCCUAGGAAGAAUAAUAGUUUACUGAGAUUAGCAUGUCUAAAUCAGUGGUUUUCUAGGGGAAUUUAACCAGCUAAUAGUGUUAGAUCUGAGCAGAUUGAAUUAAAACAGCUUCCAGCUAUUGGGUGAACAUAAUUUAACCAAGGAGAGAGGAACAGAGCUCUGAGGCACUCAAAAUUAAAAGCACUUUAUAUCACAUUGAUGCUAACCAUGUAUUCUCUGUAUGCAAAUAUGAUAUCAUCUUUCCCAUUGCCAGUCAAGAAAAAGACAGUGGUUCAAUGAGAUCAAGAUUCUAAAUAACUUGUUUUUAUAUUUGGAAAAGGAAAUCUCUCUCCCAUGAAAUGUGCAGUGCAUCAGAUAAUAUGUGAGGGUUUGUUACCCCCUAAUAUAUAAUUCUUUUUGCAUUCCAUAAUCAUUCUUAAAUUCUUUGGAAGUCACAAAAAGAAAUUAUUAAUAGAGACCCAUUCUUUCAGCAGCUCUGAGGAAAUAAAAAGAAUGCCACUAAAUUAUUAUAUGUACAAAAAUAACAAAAUCCUUCCAUGUUUAUAUGAUUUUAUUUUACAGGACACAUGUAGAGUAACCAUGCAAUAACUUGUAAUUGCAUGGCAAAUGUUAUUAAUAAAUAGUACAUACUUGCAGAUUAAUUGGUAAUUGUAACUGAAGUUAAAUACAGUAUUUCAAAGUUAGGUAAUGUGAUAUGCUGGAGUUGGAUUAUACAAGGUCUAAUGCUGAAGACAAAUGAAGAGGUAAUUAUCACAUAAUUUCAGGGGUACACACUUACACAUUCAAAAUCCACCAUAUAAUGUUUCUAAAAUUAUUUGUUCCUUGUAAAAUGAAGAAAUACUGGCAUGUUAUUAGCAAGUUUAGCAUUGUGUGUGACAGCCAUCUUGACUGUGCUGCACAUCAACCUGUUUGUUUUGAUGAAAGAUCCUAAACACAAUGUUUUGGAGGGGGAUUUAUGUUGGUUUAAUUCUAGUUUUCUUAUUUCUACACUAUCACAAAAAAAAAAAUUUCCAGAUUUAACCUGGAUGCUUGUGUGCAGCUUUAUUUUGCAUUUCUGAGCUUGUAUGAAUGCCAGGGAACUAAACAGUUAAUUUAAUUCCUGCAAGCUUUUCUCACCUUACCCCUUCCAACUAGAGUUGUUGCUGAUGUGGCACAAACACGAAUCUGCAGAAGUAGUAUAUAUGUAAAAAUUGGGAAACUGUUAUAGAGACCCAAAGAAUCAAGAAAUAUUGUGCAGUGAUGGCAGGGGUAAACACUUGAUUUAUGAUUGUGUUAAACAUUCUUUUGUUUUCUGUCCAUUUACUCCAGCGAUCACAUUGUCAUUCUCUAACAGUCUCAGUGCCAUAAAAGAAUGUGAGUUGUACAUUUCUCCUUAUUUUUAAAAAAUUAGUGGUUAUGCCAUUAAUAUCACAUUUUUAGCAAAGCUGAAAGUAUAAAACCUUUUUUUUUACAACUCACAAGUUUGUAAUAGUGCAUUUCCCUGUUGCCUAGAAUGUCUGUUAUCCCAUGGGAUUUGAAAAAAAUCCUCGGCAGUAGAGUGGCAUUUAUUCAAAUGAGAUUUCAGUGAAUCCCAUUAGAUAAAUCCACUCUGGUUAUACCAGGUCCCUCUACAUUCCAAAUACCAUUUGUGGUUGCUGUUUGAUCAUACUGGAAAUGUCAUUAGACUUUUUUAUAUAUACAUUAAGCCAAAUAGCUAUAGUUUGGACAAAAUGACAGAUAAUCACCCUAUCUUGCCUUAUGUUACAAAUGUACCAAGGAAGAAAUUGCCAUGUUAAUACGCGAUUAUUCUUUCUUCCAAAGACAAACUGCUCAUAAUGUUCAUGGAUAACAGUAAUCUGAUAGAAAAUAAUAUGCAUUGUAAAAUACAGAUAAGUACUAAUGUGGGACUUUAAAAAUAUACCUGGGCCUAUUUGAGGCUCAUUGUACUGUAUCUCAUGACUGUUUCAAGUCUCAUGCAUGUAAUAUCGGACGUAUCUUAGUGCAGACCGAGUAUUCAUUUAGUUGUGAAAAUUUGUAUCUUCACUCUGGAAGAAUGUCUAACCUGCUUUAUUAAAGAAAGAACUAACAAA